UCAAAAGGAAAGUAGGAGGUGAUGUAAACCAAACAUUGACACACUCUGGGGCUCCUCAUAUUUCAUCCAGAGUAGCGCAUGGAUCCGGGCUUACGCCGUGCUGGAUGCUGCACAGACCGGCGCAGGAGGCUGUAGCUGCCGCAUCCAUUCAUUUGCGCGUCCACGCAUUACAGCGCGAGCUGCAACCGUGCCGUUGAGCAGCAGCUUCGGGACACAGAGGCGCGGCUCGGGAGCUGUAGCGUUCGCUUUCGUUUGCGGUGACCGGUGCGGGCGGUACGCGGAGAUGGAGCGGUGGAAAGGCAGAGUGGCCCUGGUAACCGGAGCCUCUGUGGGGAUUGGAGCGGCUGUAGCCCGGGCGCUGGUCCAGCAAGGCAUGAGGGUGGUCGGCUGCGCCAGGAACGUCGACAAAAUAGAGAAACUGGCGGCAGAAUGUCAGAGUGCAGGCUACAGCGGCACGCUAAUCCCGUACAAGUGUGACCUGUCCAACGAGGAGGAGAUCCUGUCCAUGUUUUCAGCCAUCAAAACGCUGCACAAAGGCGUAGACGUAUGCAUCAACAACGCUGGACUGGCCCACAAUGAGCCCUUGCUCAGCGGAAAGACGGAGGGCUGGAGGAACAUGAUCGAUGUGAAUGUGUUAGCCUUGUCCAUCUGCACCCGCGAGGCGUACAAAUCGAUGAAGGAGAGGAAUGUGGACGAUGGACACAUCAUCAAUAUUAACAGUAUGGGGGGACACAGGAUGGUGCCGAGUGCUGAUAAGCAUUUCUACUGUGCAACUAAAUAUGCUGUGACAGCUCUGACAGAGGGGCUACGACAAGAACUCAGAGAAGCAAACACUCACAUCAAAGCCACAUGUAUUUCCCCUGGAAUAGUGGAGACGGAGUUUGCCUUCCGGCACCACAACAGUGAUCCCGAGAAAGCAGCCGCAGUGUAUGAGAGUAUGAAAUGCUUGAAAGCAGAAGACAUAGCCAGUGCAGUCACAUUUGUCCUCAGUGCCCCUCCUCACGUCCAGAUUGGAGAUGUGCAGAUGAGGCCCGUAGAGCAGGUGUCAUAGCUGGGAAACCGGAAUCUGCAGGAGGAGCAGCCAUGCUGACUCCUUAGCGACCUCUGCUGGGCAACGGGGGAAGGGUGCAUAAAACAAACGUACACUGCAGGGAUGUCAUCCAGGAGGCUGCGUGAGCCUUAAGGAGGCUGUGAGAGGAAAGGUCGUGGACCACUACAGAAUACUACUAAAUGCAGGAAACUCAGUUCUGUGAAUUGUUGAGCGUAGUUCUGAACUGGGUUGACUCCAACAUACAAUAGAAACAAAACCCAGGAGAGAGUUGCUGCUGUGCUAUACGGUCAUCUGCAUGACCAGACCUUCAAACAGAAGAGUAUGCCAUUGAUUGCACAUGUUUUUGUUUGUCUGUUUCUUUGUUUUGUAGCUCAUAUGACAUAUCCUUUUGAAACUAAAUGGGAAUAGCAAUUGCUGUUUAUAAAAGUGACACUUGUUUUAAUUUUUAAAAAUAUUUUAACAUUCGAUCGGUGGUAAUGUAGUUUUAUACUCACUACCCAUAGAUCAUAUAAUGUCAUGCAAACUAAUCACCAACAGGUACAUUUGGUUCCCCCUUAACUGGUACUUUCCAAAUUUCAACCCCUGUAAUGAACCAGAAUGAGAUUAAAAGACAGAUGCCUCUGUCUUCUGCAGUUUCACGCAUUGCCUGUGUAAUUGCAGUCUCUCUACCUUUUAAUUGAUUUGUGUGGUGUUCUAAGAUGAAAACACUGACUUAUUAUGGUGAGAAAACUAACUUGGCACAAAUGUAAACCAUAUUAAUAUAUACAUUUUUACUGCAAAUUUCCAAUAAUAAAUAAAAACUUAGGCCCAGAUGUGUUCAACAGAAAUUUGAGUUUGUCAUUUAGCCAAUGAGUCAUGCAUUUUGGACGUUGCGACGUCGACAUGUUAUUACAUCUUAUGUGACGUAUAAGCUGCAUGGCACAUGUACUCAGCAACUAUCACAUUUAUCUGCAAGGACUUGUUGCAUCUCACCCAAUAAAUGAGUCUGGUACAGUGAA